AUGAACGAAACGUGUGAGAUUUGUGUGAAAGUAAAUUGGGAGGAAAUUCCGAAAAUUGAGCAAAUUAUAUUGGAUAAUUUGAACAAAGUUGGUGUUCGAAAUAUUUCAACUGCUGAUGUUUUUAUACAGCGACAAUCGGAUGAUUUGAUACUUAGAAUUGAUUUGAAACCAUUUGAAUUUGCAAAUACUUCAACUACAAAAGCAACUCAAGCAACGAUCUUGAAAUUGACUAAUGAAGUAGCUAUGAUGAAAUCAGUUGGGUUUCGACAGGAAAAAGAAAAUAAGAAAAUGGUGAAACGUGUUUCGGUUGGCAUUCAAACAACUUCGAUUCCAAAGAAAUAA